CAAAACCGAACCCCACCCAUUGGCGAAAAAAAAAAAGAAAAAGAAUUUUAUUCCAUUCCCAACCAACCAACAAACUGUUGUUUCUACUUGAUUCAUUGGAAUCUACAAAACCUGUCAACACUUCAUAUCCAAACCACCUUAUUAAUCUUACGAACUCCUCAAGCUCACGACUUUCUUCUUUAAGCAUGGAUGUAAGUCUGUAUAGGGAUUUUUGGAGAAGACAUAAAAGAAAGGUGUAUGUUUCUUUUGGGCUUUGUGGAGGUGGGUAUCUAUUAUACAAGUUUUAUGAAUCUUACACGAACAGGAUUUCUGAACUCGAGAGACAACUUGCUGAUGAGCAAGAGAACGAUGAGCUUCUUAAGGCCCAGAUGCAAGUGCACUUUGAGAACAUCCAAAGAAUAGCUAAUACGAUGACAUUGCCUCAUGCCAUGCUGUAUUUAAGCAGCCGGGUUGCAGAAGAGUUGGAUCUUUUGCAUCUUACCGAAAGGUUAAUGAAAGGAAAGGGUCAGCCCAACAGCUUAACACCUUCAGAAAAGCUUGAGCUCUGGGAUAGGCUUAAAAUAUUAAGUUUCACCAGGAUGGUGUUGUCUAUUUGGGCGAUGACGGCAAUUAGCUUAUAUAUUAGAAUUCAAGUGAAUAUAUUAGGGAGACAUCUAUAUAUAGAUACUGCACGCGAUCUUGGAGGUUUUCAUCCCGAGGAUGCCGAUCUGAUAAACAGAAAUGACGAGCAACAGUUUUUGGCAAGUGCUGAUUUUCUUUCAAGUCAGAGAAUGCCGACACUGAUAUCAAAUAUGCAAGCUGCCGCGACUGAAGUUCUCAGAGGCAAGCAGUUAAGGGAUAUAUUCAAUUCUACGGUACUUCAUGACACAAUUAUGCAGAUACUGAACAUGUUCAUGAGCAUGGGAAGGCCUCAUCACUGGUUGGAUUAUUUGAUGCCUGAGGAUGUAAGAUUCUACAAAUCUAUUGAAUCUUCUGGCAGUGAUGACCCUAAUAUUUCCGACAUCUCUAAGUUAGAUCAACUAAUGGUGGAGACACGUACAGUUUUAAGAAGUUCUGAAUUUGGAAAUAUUCUAGACUUGGCACUCGGAAAAGUAGUGGGUGGACUAAUGGAAGACAUGAACUUACAAUUUGGAGAUGGCAGUUUAUCUGCGGGAUUACCACUUGCCAAACUUCUCCCAAGGGUUGCACAAGUUAGUCCCCAGCUGCUUGAGGAACCAAGCCGAAACAAGUUUACCCAAAUUAUCCAAAACAUACCCGAAGUUGAAGUUUUCUUCACUCUACUCUACACAAACAUGUCAACCUCAUAAACUCUUGUGUCAUUAUUAUAUCUUGUCUGUUUCAAUGGGUAUGCAUGAACAAGAUAUUGGUUCCGAAAUUUUCAAGAGGGAACUCCGGUGCUCGUUUGUUGUGGGUUGUACUUUAUCCUUUCGGAGUGCUUCUCUCCAAGGCUUGUAAUGUAAUAGUUAAGUGAAAGCUUAAGGUUUUUUACAUAUCCUCUUUAAUGUAUCAUUAAUUAUGGAUUGUCUCAAGCGAGUGUUAUGUACUUUGCUUAAAAUUGUUUUUAGAUUAUAUACAAGUUAAUGAUUAGCGAUUUUUGAAUA